GUUCGCACGCGCUGCAGUUCGUUCCGGCAAUAAAGUUGGCACAGUUGGCGUUUGUUUUCCGGUCGAAAAUGCGUCAUAAACAGAAACAACCUAUCAGAUUGAAGAUCCUGAAGCAGUAUACCGCGGAUACCAUGCUGGCAGCUUAUAAAGCUGUAAAAGAAAGUCACAUGCCAGUAGAUAGAGCAGCUGUGGCUUUUGGUGUUCCAAAACAAACAUUACGGGACAGGGUUCUGAACAAAGUGAAAAUAGGAGCAAAGAGGGGAAAGGAUUCCUUGUUCACAUUGGGCGAAGAGGAGCUGCUGGUAAACCAUAUUGAAACCCUGGCACAGGUGGGCUAUGGUCUGAAUCGCGCACAAUUGAUCGUUCUUGCCGGUGAACUUGCUGUAAAGCUUGGUAGGCGCAAUUCAAAUGCCAAGCUGAGUAAUGUCUGGUACGAUACCUUCUUGAAAAGAUGGAAUCAUAGACUUAAGGUAAUAAAACCAAGGGCCCUAACAUCAACUCGGGCAGCAGGAGUGACGCAAGAACACAUUGACAAUUACUAUUGUGAACUGAAUGCUGUUCUUGAAAAGUAUAAUCUCAAGUCGAAACCACAUCUGAUCUACAAUCUUGAUGAGACUGGAAUACAACCUGAACACAGGCCAUCAAAAGUCAUCACUGGUGUUUCGUCGAGUAAAACACAAGAAGUAACCUCGCCAAACACAGGCACCACUACCAUAGUAGCCUGUGUAAAUGCAGCAGGUACUGCUAUACCACCCUACUAUGUCUUCAAAGGGAAACGGACAAACGACAAGUUCAUGAAUAAUGCAGCAGCUGGUGCAGCCUACACCAUGUCAGACUCUGGGUGGGUGAAUGGGGAAGUUCUCAUGAAGUACCUCAAUGAACACUUCUUGAAAUUCGUACAAAGGGGAUCUGGUGACAACAUUUAACCCAUCUUGUUGAUUUAUGAUGGGCAUUCAUCACAUGUGUCUCUCGACAUUGUAAAGUGGGCCAGACAGCAUCAUGUGGUCCUUUUUGUUCUCCCACCACACAGUUCGCAUGCCCUCCAACCAUUGGACAUAGCAUGCUUCGGUCCAUUCAAGGCCACAUUCCACAGUGAGUGCCACUUAUAUAUGGCAAAGGAAAGGGGUAGAAUAAUUACCAAGUAUGAAAUUGCAGAGUUGUAAGGAAAAGUCUACUUGAAAUCAAUGAUACCAAUCGCAAUACAGGCUGGAUUUAGAAAAGCAGGAAUAUUGCCGUUUGAUGCAGCCAAGGUCCCUGUUGAGAUGAUUUUGCCAUCGCAAUCAUUUCCGAAGAAGAUUUGCAACACAGAAGCACCGAGAAUGUCAAUGAAAGAACUUUUAGAUAACAAAAUGAUUGAGACGGCCCCAAAAACAACACAAGAUAUAACGAAACCAAAUGAAUUUCAGAUCAAAGACACCAUGCAAAAACCAAAAUUGGGGGGGAAGCCCAUUACUGAGGACGAGGUUUUCAAUCAGAUGAUAGAUUACCAACAUGAAAAAAAAGAAAUUAAUAAAAAGGAAAAGACAAGGAAACAGGGAGACGGAAAGGAAAAACUGAUGACCAGACACCGGGAUGCAGUAAAGUACUGGUACACAAAAGAAAAAUCGCUAAAGUUGUUGCUGAAGUUGUUGAAAGUGACAGUGACAUGGAUGAUGAUCCAGCCAACAACUGUUGCUGCAUACCUGUUGCGUAUGCAACAAGUUUUCUCCACCAGGAAUGGGCAAGUGUGAUGGGAUAGUUUUCGUAAAAUGGGCACAAUGCACAGGUUGUGGACAUUGGUGCCACCUUACGUUCUGUACAGAAAUCAGAGUUGUAAGAAGGCAUGCAGAUUUCUUCUGCCCACAUUGUCAGGACCGUGAAUGUUGAAUAACGAGGUUGUGGCCCAUUCA